GUCCGGGACUGGCCGCCAUGGGAGACAUGAAAACCCCUGAUUUUGACGACCUCCUUGCUGCCUUCGACAUCCCCGACAUUGAUGCAAAUGAAGCCAUCCACUCUGGGCCAGAGGAAAACGAGGGGCCGGGAAUCUCAGUGAAGCUAGAACCCGGUGUCGAGGGUGAAUCUGGAGAAGGGACAGCAGCAGCUACUCGGGAUGGCUCUGGGGUUUCCACCCAGGACUCUGAGCAUGCUCUGUCGUCGGGGGACACCUCGGUAGUCAGCGUCAUUGUCAAGAACACCGUGUGCCCUGAGCAGCCCGAGCCCCUGGCUGGAAGCUCAGGAGGGGAAGGGGCCCGGCUUGGGGUCACGAUUAAGGAGGAACCUGUGGGGCCUCAUCUGCUGCAGAAUGGUUUUGGGGGAAACCCCCACUCUCCAACUCCUCCCAGGGACGGCUCCUGGAAAGCAAGAGCCAUAGAAGGCAAAGCACCUUUGGACUUCUUUGCUCAUUUUGAGCCUGAGCCAGGAGAGCACCCUGAUCCCCUGCCUUCCUCGGUGCCCUCCCCCCUGAGAGAAGGGACCAUGACCCCGCCUCCUUUCCCCUCUCCCUUUGAGCUGGCCGCGGAGAACGGCCCCGCCCUCCUGCCCCCCAGUUCUCCCCCACUGCUGGGCACCCUCAAGCAGGAGCUGGGCACCCUCAAGCAGGAGCUGGGCGCCCUCAAGCAGGAGCUGGGCGCCCUCAAGCAGGACAGCGGCAGUCCCCUUCACCCCCAGGCCAUAGCCCGGCUCAGCUCGGGCUCCGAGGCCGUGGGCAUCCCUGCCAGCCCCUCCCCUCCCCAGCUUGCUGGGGUGCCCUUCUUCAAGCAGUCUCCAGGCCAUCAGAGCCCUCCUGCCUCCCCCAAAGUGCCCAGCUGCCAGCCCCUGAAGGAAGAAGAGGAGGACCCGGGGCCAGUGGUCAAGUCUCCCCCAGAAAGUCCCCAGAGCCCUUCCAGCGGAGCGGAGGCUGCUGACGAGGACAGCAAUGACUCCCCUGCCUCCUCCGGCUCUUCCCGGCCCCUCAAGGUGCGGAUCAAGACCGUGAAGACGUCCUGUGGGAAUGUCACGAGGACUGUGACCCGGGUCCCCUCGGACCCUGGGCCCCCUGCGCCCUUGCCCGAGGGCACCUUUCUGGCUGAGGCUAACCUCCUGAAGCUGACCUCUGCAGUCCUGACUCCUGAGAGUCCCAAAGUGGUGAACGUCCAGUUGGGCGACGGCACAAGGCUAAAGGGCACUGUGCUGCCUGUGGCCACCUUCCAGAACGCCAGUACCGCCAUGCUGAUGGCGGCCAGCGUGGCCCGCAAAGCGGUGGUCCUGCCCGGGGGCACCGCCAGCCCGAAGACAAUUGCUAAGAAUGUGCUGGGGCUGGUGCCCCAAGCCCUGCCCAAGGUCGAGGGGCGCAUCGGGCUGGGCAUAGCGGGACAGAAGGUGAACGGGGCCUCCGUGGUGAUAGUGCAGCCUUCCAAGCCAGCCCCUGUGCCGGGCGCGGGGGGCGGCACGGUGAUCUCACGGACGCAGUCCAGCCUGGUGGAGGCCUUCAACAAGAUCCUCAACGCCAAGAACCUGCUGCCCGCCUACCGGCCGAACCUGAGCCCGCCCGCGGAGGCCGGGCUGGCCCUGCCGCCCUCCGGCUACCGCUGCCUGGAGUGCGGGGACGCCUUCUCGCUGGAGAAGAGCCUGGCCCGGCACUACGACCGCCGGAGCAUGCGCAUCGAGGUCACCUGCAACCACUGCGCGCGCCGCCUGGUCUUCUUCAACAAGUGCAGCCUGCUGCUGCACGCCCGCGAGCACAAGGACAAGGGGCUGGUCAUGCAGUGCUCGCACCUGGUCAUGAGGCCCGUGGCCCUGGACCAGAUGGUGGGGCAGCCGGACAUCACGCCCCUGCUGGCCGUCCCCCCGGGCCUCGGACCUUCCGUCCUGUCUGCCUUGGGCAAGGGCGACGGGGCCAUCGCCACCUUUGCCAUUUCUACGGUUGCUGCUGAGGCUCCUGUGCUGCCCCUCUCCGCCGAGCCGCCUGCCGCCGCCCCUGCCACCUCUACUUACACGUGCUUUCGCUGCCUGGAGUGCAAGGAGCUGUGCCGGGACAAGGCGGGCAUGGCUGCCCACUUCCAGCAGCUUGGGCCCCCCGCCCCUGGGGCCGCCAGCAAUGUGUGCCCAACCUGCCCCAUGAUGCUCCCCAAUCGCUGCAGCUUCAGCGCCCACCAGCGCAUGCACAAGAACCGACCCCCCCACGUCUGCCCCGAGUGCGGGGGCAACUUCCUGCAGGCGAAUUUCCAGACGCACCUCCGGGAGGCCUGCCUGCACUUCUCUCGCCGUGUGGGAUACAGGUGCCCCAGCUGUGCGGUGGUGUUCGGGGGCGCGAACUCCAUCAAGUCGCACAUCCAGACGUCGCACUGCGAGGUUUUCCACAAGUGCCCCAUCUGCCCCAUGGCCUUCAAGUCUGGACCCAGCGCCCACGCCCACCUCUACACCCAGCACCCCAGCUUCCCCACGCAGCAGGCCAAGAUGAUCUACAAGUGCGCCAUGUGUGACACGGUCUUCACUCACAAGCCCCUCCUCUCCUCACACUUCGACCAGCACUUGCUGCCGCAGCGCGUCAGUGUCUUCAAGUGCCCGUCUUGUCCUCUGCUUUUUGCCCAAAAAAGGACCAUGCUGGAUCAUCUCAAGAACACCCAUCAGACUGGUCGCUCGGGAGAGGAGACUGCUGGGAAAGGGGCCGGGGAUACUCCUCUGUCCCCUAAAGCCGAGUCUGAGGAGCUGGCUGUGUCUCCGGGAGGAGCAGCUCCCCCUGUAGAGGAGCUGUCUUCCUCUUCGGAAGAGGACCUCCCCAGCUCCCCAGAGGCUGCUGGCCCACCCAAACAGCCCCGGCGCGAUGUGGAGAGCACAGGCACCAAGGGGGGCGGUGUGGGCUCUGCAGGCUGGAGCUGUGGCCUUUGUCACUCCUGGUUCCCGGAGCGGGAUGAGUAUGUGGCCCACAUGAAGAAGGAGCAUGGCAAGUCAGUGAAAAAGUUUCCCUGUCGCCUGUGUGAGCGAUCCUUCUGUUCCGCGCCCAGCCUGAGGCGCCACGUCAGGGUCAAUCAUGAGGGUAUCAAGCGAGUUUACCCAUGCAGGUAUUGCACAGAAGGAAAACGCACCUUCAGCAGCCGCCUCAUCCUGGAGAAGCACGUCCAGGUCCGGCACGGCCUGCCGCUCGGGGACCAGUCUCCUGGCCGGGGGAGCGUGGUGGUCCGGGGCCCCGGGGCCAGAGCCCAGGGGCCGGGACGGAAACGUCGGCAGUCCUCUGACUCUUGCAGUGAGGAGCCUGACAGCACAACACCUCCGGCCAAGUCCCCCGGGCUGGGUGGGCCCGGGUCGGGAGGCCCCCUGCGCUUCCGGAGCGGGGGCCCCGUGGAGCAGAGCCUCGUGGUGGGGCUGAGGGUUGAUGGUGGGACCCAGCAGUGCCUCGACUGUGGCUUAUGCUUUGCCUCCCCUGGCUCCCUGAGCCGGCACCGCUUCAUCAGCCACAAGAAGAAACGGGCUGUGGGUAGCGCCAGUGCCCUGGGUGUGGGGGAUGGGGAGGAAGAGGCGCCCGCUCUACUGAGGUCUGACCCGGACGGUGCAGAUUCACCCUUGCCUGCUGCUGCAGGUCCACUGACCUGUAAAGUCUGUGGCAAGAAUUGUGACAGCCCUCUCAACCUCAAGACCCAUUUCCGCACACACGGCAUGGCGUUCAUCAGGGCUCGGCAAGGAGUCAGUGGGGACAACUAGCCCCAGACCUGGACUGACUGGCCCCUCCUCUUCCCCAGGAGCCCGGGUCACUGCUGCUCCACAGGCUGGGGGUUCCUUACAUUCACAUUUCGUUCCACUCCUCGCCCCCUAGUCCCCAGAGACAACAGACUUGAGCAUUAUAGUUGUUUGCAGUCCCCACUGUGGGUUUGGCCCUUGGGUCCUAGUAGAGCGGGCUCUCCAUUCCUCCUCUCUUAGCCCAACACUAAUUGUGCGCCUGCUGCAGCCCGCGGAUGGGAGGACGGACUUCCAGGCCUGCUAGACAGGUCCAAGGGACCAGCCGGCAGUCACACUCCACAGCCCCUCAGGCGGGCUUCCGGCCCGGCCCGGCCCUGCCCUGCCCUAGCACUACCCCUUAGAUUCCCUGGCACUCAAGCCCCCACCCCCACAGUGCCUUUCACUUGUUUUCCCCCACUCCCAGAAAUGCAGGGGGGCUGCUAGGGAUGAGUCCUGUCAUGGGGGCCCAGGGAGAGGAGGGGGACAGGCUCUCAGGAAUCCUUUAUUCUUGUAGUAAUAAUACUAACAGUGGGGGAGAUGGGAAGGAGAAAACCAGACCAUUAAAACUGCUUGUGGUUUAAUCCCCA